AGAUCUAUCAUCAGACGCGUUCGGUACUCAAAGCAAGUUUCUCACACCAAAACACAACACAAAGAUCUUGAAGCAUUUUCGACGAUGAUGAAUGCUGGAAGAGACCCAACAAACCAACAACCAGUCCAUUGACAAACCAACAACUACAUACAACCAAGUCCAAGUAAAUAGAACAGAGACAGACAGACACGGCUUGCUAGCCAGCUAGCUAGGAAAGCAAGAUCAUCAGCUAGCAAAUGACAGGGAGUUCUUUGCCUCACUACUACUAUGCAUACUUGUCCAGCAAGACCAGUCGACAUGUUCUGAUCGGAUCGAUUGCUGUGUUGAUCCUCUGGAGAUUGGCACACGACACAGUCUUCCAGAAGAAGCAACCCUUGAUUAUUCGCUACGAAAAUCACAUUUUGGAAUCGUCGCAUCCUCGCUGUUCCCCACGGAUUGGUCCCAACACUACCGUUCUGUUGGUCCGUGGCCCCACAUGGCAACAAUUUCACGGCCCAAGCAAAUCUGUGAAACGAGGAGGGGAAGCCUACGUCUUUGCCUCGUUGGAUUGGGCACUGCAACAAUUGGGAGUCACGGUCGUCCAAACGGAACAAUCGUUGGAAGAAUUGGGUUUGACCGAAUUGCAAAAAUACAAUCGCAUCAUUGCCAAUGGACUCGAAUGGCCGCUCGAGCGAAAGCACAGUGUCGUGUGUCGUCAUCGACCACUGCAUUUUUGGGGCAACUGGAAAGGCACCGAUGGUCAUCCAUAUGUGCCCAAACAAGUCUUGUCGCCAUUUCCCGAUGAUUACAAUACAUUUUUGGGAUUCUUUAUGCAUGCUGUGCUACUGGAAACACCCGCACAACAACGACGCAUUCCGGCAACGACACGACACAAACAAGGACUCAUUGUGGGAAAAAUACCUGAAUUGUUCACAUCCGAACGAGUACGACCGGUUCUAGAAGCACUGAUAGAAAAUGGAUUUGUCCUCUACUCGGUUUGUAAAGCUCCCCACCAUUGUGGACUACCAUCACAAGUCCUCAUUCCACCAGCGCCCAUGGGACCCGUCGAAUACGCCCAAUUCAUGUCCGAAAUGGCCUUUCUCAUUGGAUUCGGGGAUCCCAUUAUAUCCCCGUCCCCAUUGGAAGGAUUGGCCCAUGGCGCUGCCUGGUUGAAUCCCCACAAGGAAUACACGUCGCCCACAAGAGAACAAGCCGCCAGAGACGUGCUGGACAAGGAACCGUAUUGGCAUUGGACCCAUCCGACACCGUUGAAUACGCAACACAAUCCACUGGCAUUACUGGGCGCCCCCUAUGUGUACAAUAUUCACUUGGACAAUGUGACACAAGUCCUCGAGGCGGCGCAUCACGCCGUCCAGUAUCGAUUUCAAUCCUAUGUUCCUCCCGAGUUUCGCCCCGAAGCCAUGAUUGCCAGAGCGUGUGCCAUGCUCGAAGACGAUUCCAUUUGCGAGUGUCCACUUCAUAAUAGUGUGGAUUGUCGGGCCAGUUCGUACAUGCGAAAUCCACCUCAUCAAGAAUAAUAAAGCAAUGAGGUGAAAUAGGUGGGGAAAAACACACACACACACGCACAUACCUACAAGGCAUGAAUGGUGGGCGUCCCGCCGCCAGCAACACUUGUUUGUGCACUAUGGUACUAUAAGAUGACAAUCCACGCGCACCAGCGACGAAGACGCACUACAAGGCAAUUUACAAAAAGCAAGAGUUAGUUGCAUGACGAUGUUAUCUAUCCGUGGGGCGGAUCGAACUCAGCUCAGUGGACACAUCUUUCACAAAUUGUGUCUCUUGGCUGCAAAACAUGUGUGCGUUGCAAAAGACACAAAAAGCAGGAAUGUUCUUGGUUUGGGCAAGAAGCCAUGAUGAAAGGUAUAGUUUUGGGCAAUUUGGUGGCGCGGAUCUUGGAGUGAACAAACGCA